CCUGGCGGGGGCGGGGGGCGUGGAGCGGAGGCGGCGCGUCAGCGGCAGGUGGAGCUCCGGCCCGGCGGCUGCUGCUCGCGCGACCUUCCUCUUCCGGGUUUGCGGCCCGUCCUCCCCUUCCAGCCUCCUCGAGUCCUGACCCCCGAGGCAGUGUGCGAGGCGGGAAGGACCGGUGACCAGAGAGCGGGGUUUGUUUGGGGCCUUGUAAGCUCAAGGAGGAGGGGGGAAGCAGUGGAGGAAAGCCCCUUGCCUGCCACGUGCCCCACAGGACUGCAGCUUGAGUCUAGUGUCCUGAAAGCAUCCCAAAACCAAGAGCCUUAUGAAGCAGCUGCGUGGGAAUAAAGGUGGGGGCAAUGCCAGAAAGAAGAGUUCCCCCUCUGGUAAGGACAGCAGGAAUCCAGCAUUACAGACGUCGGAGGACAGCAGGCCGAUCAACAUCCUAAAUCCAAAACUGUUGGCUCAGAAGCGACCUCUGCAAGGUUUGAGCAGUAUGGCAGGCAGCACCGCGGGGAGUCCCGAAGAUGCCAAAAGACCAAAGCUCUUGCCUGAAGCGAAUUCUCCUGGCCAGGAAUCUGAAGACGAGGAGUCGGAUGACAGUGAAUAUGAGAGAGCAGAGAGUGAGAGUGAGGACAGCGAUUAUACAGACAGUGAAGACGACGACGAUGACGACGAAACUGGCAGCGAUGCCUCAGAAAGCAGUAACAAAGGCCCUGAAGAAACAACAAGCCAGCCUUCUUCAAAGACUGAUUUAACAAAAGAAUGGUCUUCGAUGUCUUUCGAGGAGCUGCUGCAGUUGAGAAAUCGAGUUGGGACCAAGGCCUAUCAGCAGAUGACUACUGGGAAAAGGGCAGUAAAUGUCACAAAACCAGAGAAGAGGCAGCGUCCAAACAAGCACGGACCUCUGGAAAUUUCAGCCAAGAAGCCCGUCCCCUAUCUAAGACGAGUUGUGCCUGUUAAAAAGAAGGUACCUCGAGAUCCUCGCUUUGAUGACCUCUCUGGGGAGUAUAAGCCAGAAAUCUUUGAAAAGACGUACAGCUUCUUGAACGACAUCAGGAAGAAGGAGAAAGAGGUAGUUCAGAAGCACCUGAAGAAAAGCCGAAAUGUGGAGCGGCAAACCAAGUUGCAGCAGCUCCUCAAGCAAAUGACUCAGCAGGAGGAGACACAGAGGAAACAACAGAAGGAGAGAGAAAAGGAGCUGGCCUUGAAGAGGCAGCAGAGGGAGCUGGCCCAGCAAGGAAAGAAGCCCUUCUAUCUAAAGAAGUCUGAUAAGCGGAAAUUGGAACUGGCUGAGAAGUACAAAGAGCUGAAGAGGAGUGGGAAGCUGGAGGGCUUCCUGAGCAAGAAGAGGAAAAGGAAUGCCGCCAAGGACAAAAGGAGGCUGCCUUUUAGGAAGGAUGUGUAAUAUCUGGCUAUAUUUGUGACACACCAUUUUACAGGUGCAAAUCUCCUGCUGCAAAUCAACUAUCGACUCUGGCCAGCGAGGUCAACAAUCCCAAGUUUUCUCUGCCCCUAAUGCUAGGGGCAUUCCAGUGCUCUGAACAAGCAAGGGUUUGAGCAAAAUUAAUUGGUGACAUUCCCAGCCUGAGAAGCGUUUGCCGCCUUCAAUGGGAAAUAGAUUGCAAAUUAUUGCAAAUUAUUUGCAAAAUUAUUGCAAAAAAUUGUCUCCCUCCUUCCAGGGGCAAGCCUCAAGCUUGGCAAAGAGUCAAGGAGCACCUCCCCCCCAAAAAAAACAUAUUUCCCAGGACUCCCCACUCCUUGUUUCUUCCACUACGCAGCCUGUGCAGACUUGGAGGCUCCCCAUUUUCCGUCCACCUGCUUCUCUUGCUACUUAUUAGUGCUGCUUGGUUGUAUUCCCAGCUGUUUUCUUUGCAGAUUGCUGUGGAAGCUUAAGAGAGUUUCCCAGAAAGCACCGUGCUUUAGCUUCAUGCGCUGGUAUUACGCAGGCCAGAAUCUUCCAUAAUAUUUUCCGUAUCUGGUAAAUUAAAACCAUCUUCAAAUACUGACAGUUGAAGUCUCUUUAAGUAAAAAAUGUGGUGGAGAAUUAUCCCAAAUAAAUUCCCAAUUAGCCCAAUAAAUUUCCGAAGAUAUUCUUUGGGAAAUAUAUAGUGAAAUACCACAAAGUACAUAUAUUACCUGUGGCAAUAUCUUUCAUUUAUUAACCUUACCCCCAAAUGCUAAAUUUUAAGUAAUGGCCACCUCUCCAUAUUACUAGAAACCUCUUUCGUCAACUUACUCAGAUAAAAUUUAAUCAUUUUAAUAAUUGGAAUCAGAAUGCCAAGUGUGUUAAGAUGUCUGGGCACUAACAAAAUCACCAAUUUGUGUAUGAUCUGCACUAGCCCACCUGCAAUUUCAGUCAUUUAAUUGUAUACUCUCAAAUUCUACCAAAACAACCAGAAUUGGGUUGUUGUUUGUUUUGCUGCAAAUGUGCAUGCUUCUAACAUUGAACUGAAAUCUGGGCAGUUUCUAGAGAUUCUGUACAAAGAAACUAAUUGCCGUCUCAUUACUGGUGGCAAUGAGUGUGUAUGUCAUUUUGACAGACCUGCUUUGGAUUACUAACUGGUAAGGUGUUUUAUAGCAACAUUUCACUGAACAAAUUUUUGAAGUAAAGUUACUAAUUUUAUAAAAUCAAACUUCUUCCUC